ACAAAAAAUGCAAAACACAGUGGAAUGUAAAGUAGCCAAAAUUCAUGGUGCAAAAUGAAGAAAAUCAGCAAAGACAUUGCAGGAUGCAAAUCAACCACCAGUAAGAACAAAAGGGUGAAGGGCUUCAACUGAAUAACACAUGGAGUUAACACAAAGCCUUUUACAGUGACACAUUCAAAUGACCUGGUAUGAGGUAAGGUCACCCAGUGGUGGUGGAGCGGCGUGUCACCAAGACUGAGCUGAGGAACAUGGAGGCCAGUGGUGGAGCUGAAGACAGAGAACACAGCCCAAGCAGCUGAACUGUCCGCCAAUGGGGGCCAGAGUGACAGCCAGCGAGAAGGAGGUGGAGGAGCAGGACAAAGUAGCUGACAGCACUUAGAGAGGAGAGUCACCAAGACUGAACUGCAGCUCCAGAAGAACAACAUGGAGGAGCUGAAGAGGGAGAACACAGCCAUGGAGGCCAGAGUGUCAGCCAAUGAGAAGGAGGUGGAGGAGGAGCUGAAGAGGGAGAACACAGCCAUGGAGGCCAGAGUGUCAGCCAAUGAGAAGGAGGUGGAGGAGGAGCUGAAGAGGGAGAACACAGCCAUGGAGGCCAGAGUGUCAGCCAAUGAGAAGGAGGUGGAGGAGGAGCUGAAGAGGGAGAACACAGACAAUAUGUUCUCUGCAGGUUUGACUGAUUCAGGAACUGUAGGACCGUUCAAUACUGAAACCCAACUGAUCUACAAGAGAGUCAUCACCAACAUUGGAUCGGCCUAUAACCCAAUAACUGCUAUGUUCCCAGCACCAGUGAGAUGAGUCUACUACUUCAGAUUCACUGCCUGGGAAUACCAUGAGAGUAGGCCUGUUCCAUGAUGACCAA